GGUCCGUUAAAGGGCCCCGGCGACGGCGCGCGGCGUUCGCAUUCGUCUGGCAGCAGGCGGCAGCGGCUCCGCGGGGGUCCCGGUGCCGCCGCGGUUCCCCGGGCAGGGCCGGGGAAGGCAGGGCCGGGCGAGGGCUGCCUGCCUGCCUGCCCGCCUGCCUGCGGCGCAUGAUGUACACCAUCACGCGGGGCCCCAGCAAGCUGGCCACGCAGCGGCGCACAGGUCCCACACAGCAGCAGGUGGAGAGCAAGCUGGGCGAGCUGCGGGGCCGGCACCAGCCCAGCCCCUGGCCCCUCUCGAGUCCAGCCCAGAAACUUGUGUUCAACAGAGUGAAUGGCAAAAGGCCACAAGCGCUGCCACAACAUGUUUCAGCCCCUGAGGAGUGCUACACUUUGGCCCACGAGGAGAACGUCCGGUUCGUCUAUGAAGUCUGGCAGCAGGUAGAGCAGCAGCUAGACGACAGCCAGAGAGGGGAGAACGUGUGCGGCCCUGUGCAAUACGUAGAGAAAACCCCGAACCCCGGACUGAAAAACUUUGUUCCCAUCGACCUGGAGGAGUGGUGGGCACAGCAGUUUCUGGCCAAAAUUGAAAACUGCUCAUAAAAGAAAAAAAGUAACCCACAAAAGCUAAAAGUAUCUGGUCAGAAACCAGAAUCGGCGAGAUCUAGAAACGUUUUUUUUUUUUUAAAAAAAAAAAAGAAAAAAACAAAAAUGAAAAAACAAAAAUCAAGUGACCCACUCUCCCAGCCCACUGAGGACAGCGGGAAUGGACCACAGCCAUGCUCGGCUGAGCGCCUGCUGCUCCCUGCCUGCCUGUGCCCAGCAUGGGGGCAGAGGAGCUGUGUGUGGCCCCAGCCAGGAUUCCUUAAGUGCCAGUUUUCAGACAGUUGCAGCUCCUGCAGCCUAUAGAUGCCAUGGACACAGCAGUGCCAUGCUGGGUGGACAGAGGGAGGCGUGCAACCCUUCCCACCCUCACCCCAUGGCCGCAGGAAGAGACUGGAGCUUCUCUGUAGCCAGGACCGUGAGACAAUAAAGUGCUGAAACUGCCA